AUGGAAAGCAAAAUAAGAGCUCAGUCAGAUAUGUACCACCGAAUGGAAAAUGCCAGAGUCAAUUUUAAGAAAUCUCCAAAAGAUAGGCUAACUUCAAACUACAUAGAAACUAGAAUUGAUAUUUUGAAUGGACAGUGGGAAACAUUUAACAAAGCACAUGAACAACUUAUUAGUGAAGUUAGUGAUGCUGAUUAUGCAGAGUUAGAUUACUUUAACGAGGAUUUUUACACCAAAACAGAAGACUUAUACGCAGAUUAUAAAACAGAAUUAAAGGCAAGCUUGGAAAAAUGUACUCGCGUACCGACCAAAACGCAGGACACUUUGCUUAGCAAUGAAGAACAAAUUAGUGUGCAGCUUCCAAAGAUUUCUAAUCCUAGUUUCUCCGGAAGAUCACUCGAAUUUUUGAAUCCUAAAAUCACAAAAUGUACUCAAUCCCAUCAUGUAGCCACAAAAAAUAAUGACAAGAUAUCUGUUCCAUGUUCCUACUGUUCUGCUAAUGAUCAUAAGCUCGGAAAUUGUAAGAAGUUCGCAAAUGAAACUCUAUUAGCACGCCGUAACUUUGUCCAAACCUCCAACUUGUGUUUUAACUGCUUAGGCGCAAAUCAUUCGGUCAUAAUGUGUCGUUUGCCCACCAGAUGUAGAAUUUGCAAAAAGAAACACCACUCGCUAUUGCAUUCAACCACCACCAACGUUCAAUCAAAUAAUGUAAAGGUAACCACUCAAUCGAAUAGUAACAAUGUUGUCGCGGCAACAGCGACAGCAUCAGACGAAAAUGAUCAGACCAACAUUACCACUUGUUUCUCUAACAACAAGAGUCAAGUGCUUUUAGCAACCGCUUUAGUAAAAGCUGAAACAAAUAACGGAUCUUUUAUGACACUUAGGUCUUUACUGGACCAAGGAUCACAGGCUUCGUUUAUAACGGAGUUUGCAGUCCAAUUACUUGGGCUGAAGAAGGAAACAAGCAAAAGUGUCAUAUUUGGAGUAGGGAGUGAGUGCAACUCUAAACAUGUAGUACACAUCAAACUACAAUCGAUCCAUGAUCCAACCUUCAACAUUAAAGUGAGUGCACACGUGCUCACCAAACUUACCACAUUUCUUCCUGAACGACAGGUUGACAUACAGCUAUAUUAUAUGCCAAAAAUGAGAUUGGCAGAUCCAAAUUUCAACGUUCCGAACAAAAUAGACUUGCUGUUGGGUGCAGAGGUCUAUUGUCAAAUAUUAUUAGAAGGGUUAUUUAAAGGUCCAAUAGGAACCCCUAUAGCGCAAAACACUAGAUUCGGCUGGAUUUUGUCGGGCCAAGUAUCUAAAGGUCGUAAAACGGAAUCAAGCUGUAGUAACUCCGUAACCACUUUACACACUCAAGUUAUCGAAGAAGAAUUUGAUCUUAAACAAUUUUGGGAAAUCGAAUCUGAUCAAUGUCUUCUCAACAAAACUCACCACACACCUGAGGAACAAAGAUGUGAGGAAUUCUAUAAGAAAACCACCAAAAGAGACCCUUCAGGACGAUAUAUCGUCAAACUACCAUUCAAGAUGGAAAACCCGAGCUGCAAAUCAGGGAAUUCGCGGGAAAUUGCAGUGAGCAGAUUCCUUAUGCAAGAAAAGCGUUUAGUACGGUCACCACAGCUUAAAGAUCUCUAUUACGACGUUAUUGAUGAGUACCUGGAACAUGGCCACAUGGAAAAGGUACCAAAAGAUGAGAUCAACAAAUCAGAUAGUGUGUACUUACCUCAUCACGCCGUAGUGAAGCUUAACAAGACAACAUCCAAACUGAGAGUUGUCUUCGAUGCUUCGUGUCGCGAUAACAACGGUGUAUCUCUCAACAGUGAAUUGAUGAUAGGUCCAACUCUUCAAUCGGAUCUGCGUCACUUGGUGAUGAGAUGGAGACUUCACCCUGUAUGUUUGGUCGCCGACAUAGUCAAAAUGUACCGCCAAAUAUUGAUUUCUAGUGAAGAUAUAGAUUACCAGCGAUUGGUUUGGCGAGCCACGACGGAACAACUUAUUGAACAUUUUCGAUUGUUGCGAGUCACAUUUGGCACUGCUGCAGCCCCAUAUCUCGCAGUUAGAACACUGCACCAGCUCGUGUAUGAUGACGGAAAACCGUUUCCAUUAGCAUCUGAAAGAAUCUUAAAUGAUUUUUAUAUGGAUGACUUACUUACUGGCUGCGAAACAGUCCUGGAAGGAAAACAAAUCUAUAAAGAGAUCAACGAAUUACUGAGCAAAGGGGGGUUUGAACUUCAGAAAUGGUCAAGCAACAAUGAAACUCUGUUAAAGGAAAUAAGCAAAGAAAUAGAAACAACAGAAAGCAAUUUGGAACUCAAAAUAGAUGAAAUCAUUAAGAUACUCGGACUUACCUGGAAUCGACGUACCGACAACUUCGAAUACUCCGUGCAGCUACCGCCACUCGUAGAACCUAUAACAAAAAGAAAGGUUAUAUCAGAUAUUGCAAGACUGUUUGAUCCUAUGGGAUGGAUUGCUCCAGCCAUUAUAAAAGCAAAAAUCUUCAUUCAACAGCUGUGGCUAGCGGGAAUCGGUUGGGAUGAAGAGCUCCCACCGAAACUACUCAAUGAUUGGAUUUCUUACCGAGGUGAACUUACGGCACUUACACAAUUUCGUCUGCCGCGCUGGAUUGGUAUGAACAAGACAUGUAUGAAACUGGAGUUACACGGAUUCAGUGACGCCUCUGCGGAUGCGUAUGCUGCUGUAGUUUACGCUCGCGUGGUAGAUGAAUCUGGAACUGUCAGGGUUACUCUCAUUACGUGUAAAACCAAGGUAGCCCCAAUAAAGCAAGUGUCUAUCCCGAGGCUAGAGUUGUGCGGCGCCGUUCUUUUGGCGAGAUUAUUAAGGGAAGUCUCUGAAGUUUUGAAAGUACCGAAGACAAAUCUACAUGCAUGGACGGACUCCACAAUCGUUCUGGCUUGGUUGAGCAGUCAUCCAAGCCGCUGGAAGACGUUCAUUGCAAAUCGAGUUUCAGAAAUUUUGAACAUUUUGAACAGAGAUCAGUGGUCACAUGUGUCAUCUACUGACAACCCGGCAGAUUGCGCUUCCCGUGGAGUCAACCCGUCGGAAUGUGAAGCAAUUCCCCUCUGGAAAGCUGGACCUGCAUGGUUAAAGGACACGAAUAUGGAAUAUGACAGGAAGGAGUUAAGCGACACGGAUUUGGAAGAGAAAGGAAAGAAAGUUUGUCAUGUGACCAGGGAAGAUGAAUUUGAAUUAUGGAUUAAGUUUUCGUCUUUACAAAAAUUGACCAGAGUUAUAGCUUAUUGUUUGAGAUUUAUAUCAAAGACGAAAAAAUCUACUGAAGCAACAACAUUUCCGAGUUGGUUAACUUGCAGAGAACUAUCAAGAGCAAUUCAAAUCAGCAUAAAGGCGUGUCAAGCUACGUACUUUGCACAGGAAAUCAAAGAUAUUAAGUUUAGAGGUGCAGUUAAUAAGAAAAGCAAACUUACCACUUUGACCCCUUUCCUGGACGGUGAAGGAAUUUUGAGAGUUGGUGGUCGUCUUGAGAGAGCUGAUGUAAGUGAUGAUAAAAAACACCCGAUUAUCCUGCCAUCGAAAUCGCAUUUCACAAAUCUUAUCAUUGCAGAUGCCCAUCAAAGAACCCUACACGGAGGUCCUCAAUUGAUGAUCAAUUACCUACGAUCCAAAUAUUGGAUCCUCGAUGUAAAAAAUCGUACCAAAUUAUUUGUACGCAAAUGUGUCACAUGUAUACGAUAUGCAGCACAAUGUAGACACCAACUCAUGGGACAACUACCUGUAGCUCGGGUCACUCCAAUCCGCCCAUUCUAUCAAAGCGGCGUGGAUUAUGCUGGACCCAUCCAGAUAAGGACUUCUAAAGGAAGAGGUCAUCGAGCGUACAAGGGAUAUAUAUGCCUAUUCGUAUGUAUGGCUACAAGAGCCGUACAUUUGGAAGCCGUAACCGAUCUUACGUCACAGGGAUUCCUCGCAGCCUUCAAAAGGUUUGUUUCUAGACGUGGCCAUUGCGCUGUACUCUACAGCGAUAAUGGGACAAAUUUUGUGGGUGCUGCGCGCGAGCUAAGAACCCUAGUAGCUCAGGAAAAUUCAACCAUGACGAGAGAAAUCGCUGAGAGUUUAGCUACUGCUGGGACCAACUGGCAUUUUAUCCCACCGAGAGCUCCUCACUUCGGUGGACUUUGGGAGAGUGGGAUAAAGUCCACAAAACAUCACCUGAAGCGUGUGAUCGGCACAGAGACCCUAACUUACGAGGAGAUAUCUACUCUGCUGUAUGAAAUUGAGGCAUGUCUUAACUCUAGACCGUUGUCACAGGUUAGCACCAAUGCACAAGAUCCAACACCGCUCACACCGGGACAUUUUAUCAUCGGUGAACCCUUGGUGCUUGUCUCAGAUGCCAAUUAUGAAACUUCGUCAAUAUCUUCUCUGAAACGCUGGCAACUAACCCAGAAAAUGUUACAGAACUUCUGGCGAAGGUGGUCUAGCGAAUAUUUGACUCAGUUUCUGCAACGUCACCGGUGGGCAAACCAAACACCAGAGCCUAAAAUUGGGGACUUAGUUUUAGUUAAGGAGGAUGAUCUUCCUCCAGCGAAAUGGCUUAUGGGUAUUAUUAUAGAAAAACAUAAGGGUGUGGACAAUAUUACGCGGGUUGUGAGUCUCAAAUGCAAAGAUGCCAUAAUUAAAAGGCCUAUUGUAAAAUUGUGUGUAUUGCCAGUGGCAGAAUAA